GCAGUCAUGAGCCUGGUAGCCUGUGAGUGCCCAGCCAGCCCUGGCCCAGAGCCCGAGCCUUGCUCGCGACCUCGGUCCCAGGCCCGCGAGUACCUAGAACAGAUUCGCAGCCGGGUGGCCCCAGGAGGAGCUGAUGUGACCAAGCGUGACUACCUGGUGGACGCGGCCACGCAGAUCCGGCUGGCCCUGGAGCGGGACGUGAGUGAGGACUACGAGGCCGCCUUCAACCACUACCAGAACGGGGUGGACGUGCUGCUCCGCGGUGUGCAUGUGGACCCCAACAAGGAGCGCUGCGAGGCAGUGAAGCUGAAGAUCGCCAAGUACCUGCGGCGGGCGGAGGAGAUCUUCAACUGCCACCUGCAGAGGCCCCUGGGCCAUGGGGCCAGCCCCGGCACGGGCUUCAGCAGCCUGAGGCUCCGGCCGAUCCGCACGCUGAGCUCAGCCCCCGAGCAGCUAAGGGGCUGCAGGGUGGUCGGGGUCAUCGAGAAGGUGCAGCUGGUGCAAGACCCGGCGACUGGUGGGACCUUCGUUGUGAAGAGCCUGUCCAGGUGCCACGUGGCCAGCCGGGAGCGACCAACCAUCAUCCCACAUGGUGUCCCCUACAUGACCAAGCUGCUGCGCUACUUCAUGAGUGAGGACUCCAUCUUCCUGCAGCUGGAACACGUGCCAGGAGGUGCCCUCUGGUCCCACUUGCGGUCCCGCGCACGCCCGCAGCAGCCUGGGCUGGGUCCCGACUCCAGCCUGGAGAGGAUGAAGACGCAGCUCAGCGCCCGCCUCCGUCUUCACACCCCUGCAGCGCCGUCCCCGCCACGCCUCCACCCACCGGACCACCCCGCCCCGAGGCCUCUGCAGACCUGUGGGAGCCUAUGCCCCGCCCCCGCCCGGGGGGUCCCCACCGCGGAGACUCCCCUGAGAGGGACGGAAAGGGCCCCCUCGGCCAGGUCCGGCGCUGCCUGCUCCUGGAACCUUCCAAAGACCCCAAGUGGCCGCCUGGGUGUGGCCGGCCGGCGGGGACCUGGCCAGAGCUCCGACACUGCACCUCCUUGGGGGCUGUCUUGGGUUCGGGAGGGGGCUGGCCGGGUGCUGGGGGGCUGUGGCCGAGGUCGAGGCCAGGGCCCGCCCUUGGCCGGGAAAGCCAGCUUGAGAGCCGGUGGGGGCGCCUGGACGCUGAGGGAAGAGCAGGCCAAGCAGUGGGCGGCGGAGAUGCUGGUGGCCCUGGAGGCACUGCACGCACAGGGAGUGCUCUGCCGGGACCUCAACCCCCGCAACCUGCUCCUGGACCAGGCCGGUCACAUCCGGCUCACGUACUUCGGCCAGUGGUCCGAGGUGGAGCCGCAGUGCUGCCGCGAGGCCUCGGACCACCUCUACAGUGCCCCAGAGGUGGGCGGGAUUUCUGAGCUGACCGAAGCGUGUGACUGGUGGAGCUUCGGGUCCCUGCUGUACGAGCUGCUCACCGGGACGGCGCUGUCCCAGAAUCACCCCUCGGGAAUCCAGCCCCACACCCAGCUCCAGCUGCCUGAGUGGCUCAGCCGCCCAGCCGCCUCCCUGCUGGCAGGGCUGCUGCAGUUCGACCCCAGCAAGCGCCUCAGCGUUGACAAACUCAAGUCUCACCCCUUUUUCAGCACCGUCCAGUGGAGCAAGCUGGUGGGGGACGAGGGACGGGGGUGACAGACUCCCGCCUCUCUGUCUACCACCCAGAG